GAAUCAGACACAAAUAUAACGUAUACGCAAAAUGAGUUGCGGCACGCAAACACUCAAAAUCUCCUCCUUUGUGUUGGAUUUUCUCUGCUGUGUAUUAGGCGCAUUGAUGAUUGCGUCGUGUUCCUAUGCUCUGAUUACAUUUCCUAAUAGCGCUGCCAUUCGCAUACCCUGUAUUCUGGGCCUAGCACUGGGAGUAUUAAUCUUUGGCAGCACUAUAUUUGGCUGCAUAGCUGUACUACGCGAAAAUAUACGUCUGUGCUGGCUUUACGCCGCAAUACUGUUGGCUCUUACAUGCGCUCAAAUGGCCGUUAUAUUUGCACAACCCAUCAACUUUGAUUUACUGGCCAAUGAGACCAUCAGUGUAGCCUGGCAAGAACAGUUAUACCACAAAAACAGCAUGUCCUAUUAUGAAAUCAAGUUUCAAUGCUGCGGCAAGUCGGGACCUACAGAUUAUUUUAACAGUGGUUUAAAACUGCCAGCCAGCUGUUAUCUGAAUCAGAUGUCGAAUAUAUCCCAAGAUUUGUUUACAAAUGGCUGCAAUUCGCGUCUGGCAGCUGUCUACACCAAGGGCACGAAAUAUGAGCGUAUCAGCGACUGGUCUGUAGUGGGAGCUGAGAUACUGACUGUUAUUGUAGCCGGCAUGUUUGCGAUCACAUUACAAAAUGCGGAGCGCAGACGUUUUUAUCGUUAGGCUAGAGUUUGUACAAAUAUUUCUUUUUCACAUUAACAACUGAGCUUCUAUGUGGCUGUUAUUUUAAAUUUAAAUAU